CGCGAUGGCAGCGGGAGCCAGCCGGAGGCUGCAGCGGUCCCUGCUGCUCCUGGCCCUCACCUGGGGCGCCACUUUUGUCCCCUGGCCAGCCCAGGCUUUGCAGAGGAUCGCCCUGCGAAGGAUGCCCUCCAUCCGCCAGACGCUGCAGGAGAUGGGGGUGAAGGUGCGGGAGGUGUUCCCGGAGCUGCGCCGGGGCACACGCGGAGGAGGGGACGGUCCCCGCAACGGGACAGCUCCCACCCUGCUCACCAACUACCUGGAUACCCAAUAUUUCGGCGAGAUCAGCAUCGGGACCCCCGCGCAGACCUUCAAGGUGGUCUUUGACACGGGCUCGGCCAAUUUGUGGGUGCCAUCCUACAAGUGCUCCCCCCUCUACAGCGCCUGUGUGUCGCACAGCCGCUACGACUCCUCCAAGUCGCGCACCUACAUCGCCAACGGCACCGGCUUCGCCAUCCGCUACGGCACCGGCAGCGUCAAAGGCGUCCUCAGCCAGGACAUCGUCACGGUGUCGGACAUCCCGAUCAUCCAGGUGUUCGCCGAGGCCACGGCGCUGCCCGCCUUCCCCUUCAUCUUCGCCAGGUUCGACGGCGUGCUGGGCAUGGGCUACCCCGGGCAGGCCAUCGAUGGCAUCACCCCCGUGUUCGACCGCAUCCUGGCACAGCAGAUCCUGCAGGAGGACGCGUUCUCCGUCUACUACAGCCGCUCUUCCAAGAAUUCUCCCCUGAAACCCGGCGGGGAAAUCAUCCUGGGAGGCAGCGACCCCGCCUAUUACACCGGCGACUUCCACUACCUGAACGUCAGCAGGAGCGGCUUCUGGCAGAUCAGCAUGAAGGGGGUGUCCGUAGGAGCUGAGAUCCUGUUCUGCAGGGAAGGCUGCUCGGUGGCCGUGGACACGGGGGCCUCCUACAUCACCGGCCCCGCCGGCCCCGUGUCCGUGCUCAUGAAAGCCAUCGGGGCCACCGAGGUGGCCGAGGGAGAGUACGUGGUGGACUGCGAGCAGGUGCCUCAGCUGCCCAACAUCUCCUUCCACCUGGGAGGGAAGGUUUACGGCCUCAGCGGCCCGGCCUACGUCCUGCGGCAAUCCCAGUACGGGGAGGACGUGUGCGUGGUGGCUUUCUCCGGGCUGGACAUUCCCCCUCCGGCCGGUCCCCUCUGGAUCCUGGGCGCCACCUUCAUCGGUCACUACUACACCAAAUUCGACCGGCGCCACAACCGCAUCGGCUUCGCCAGCGCCCGCUGA